GUGCCACACCGACACAUGUGUCUGCGAUGCGGAAUUUCACGGAGAGCGGUGGCAGAGAAAGAUUACGCUUAGACAUUUGUUGAUUUAAAUAAAAGAUUGGCGAUGCACAUACGUGUAUUCUAAAUGGUCUACAGCUGAGAAUCGUCCUCGAGUAACGUGUUGUCGAAAACGUGGAUACAGGAUGGAGUUUUCACCAAGAAGUAUGUCGAUGGCGUCGCUAGCCUUACUCAUCAUUGCUAAUUUCAUCGGUAUUAGUGAAGAAAUUGCCGUUAUGAGCAUUGACCUUGGUAGCGAAUGGAUGAAGGUCGCUAUUGUUUCGCCUGGUGUUCCUAUGGAGAUAGCUUUAAAUAAGGAAUCCAAGAGGAAAACGCCAGUUGCGAUCGCAUUCAGAGAUGGGGAAAGAUCUUUCGGCGAGGAUGCCCAAGUGGUUGGAGUGAGAUUCCCUCAGAACACUUUUUCUUAUAUUCUAGAUCUUUUAGGAAAGCCUAUAGACAAUCCAUUAGUACAACUUUAUUUGAAAAGAUUUCCUUACUACGACAUCAUUGCCGAUGAUGAGAGGAAAACCAUAUUAUUUAGAUUAAAUACAAAUACAACGUAUACUCCAGAAGAAUUGCUCGCACAAAUACUGCACAAGGGUAAAGAGAUGGCGGAAUCUUCGGCUCAUCAAAAGAUAAACGAAGCAGUUAUCACCGUGCCAGGAUUUUUUAAUCAAGCCGAGAGGAGAGCCUUGACUCAAGCGGCAGAACUUGCCGGAUUGAAAGUAUUACAGCUCAUAAACGAUUACACAGCAGUCGCUUUGAACUACGGUGUAUUCGGCAGAACUGAAAUAAAUGAUUCUGCACAUUACAUUAUGUUUUACGAUAUGGGAGCCAGCAGCACUACCGCGACGGUUGUCAGCUAUCAAAACGUGAAAACGAAAGAGAGAGGUUUUGUCGAAACAAAUCCUCACGUUAAUGUAAUAGGUGUGGGAUAUGAUCGUACACUUGGUGGACUAGAAAUGCAAAUUAGAUUGCAGAAUUAUUUAGCCAAAGAAUUUGACGCGCUAAAAAAGACAUCUAAUUCAGUAUUUGCAAGCCCGAGAGCGAUGGCAAAACUUUUCAAAGAAGCCGGACGCGUCAAAACUGUCCUCAGCGCUAACGCAGAUCAUUAUGCCCAGAUAGAAGGCUUAAUAGAUGACAUUGACUUCAGAUUGCAAGUUACAAGGGAAAAACUGGAGGAAAUAUGUGCCGAUUUAUUUGAACGUAUAACAAAUCCUGUGAAGAUUGCUUUAGAAACUUCAGCUUUGACAAUGGAUGUUAUAUCACAUGUUGUACUGGUAGGGGCAGGUACUCGUAUGCCAAAAGUACAAGAGACAUUGUCCCAAUAUGUAAAGACAGAAUUGUCAAAGAAUGUAAAUACUGAUGAAGCAGCUGCUUUAGGAGCCGCAUACAAAGCAGCUGAUCUUAGUCAGGGUUUCAAAGUCAAGAAAUUUGUCACAAGAGAUGCUAUACUGUUCCCAAUUCAAAUAAUUUUUAAUAGAAAUAUCGAUAAUAAAGUUAGAAAGGUGAAAAAGAUGUUGUUUGGCAAAAUGAAUCCUUUCCCACAAAAGAAGAUUAUUACAUUUAACAAACAUACACAAGAUUUUGACUUUCAUGUGAAUUAUGCUGAAUUAGAUUAUUUACCUCCAACAGAGAUAAAGUCUAUUGGAGAUUUAAAUAUAUCCACUAUAUUGUUGAAUGGUGUAGCUGAAGCUUUAGAAAAACAUGCUAAGGAAGGUGCCGAAAGUAAAGGAAUCAAAGUGCAUUUUAAUAUAGACGAAAGUGGCAUAUUGAAUUUAUUGAAUGUAGAAUUAGUAUCGGAAAAAUCAAGCACUGUUGUUGAUGAAGAAGAGGGUACUUUCUCUUCAAUACUUGGCUCAACUAUAAGUAAAUUUUUUGCAGGUUCUCAGACAGAACAAGAACCACCAGAAAAAGCAGAGGAAGUACCAAAAGAGGAUAUAAAACCAGUACAUGAAGAACCGGAAUCAGAGCCACCAAAGGAUGCCGAAGAGAAGGAAAAGAAGAAAAAUGAGACGAAAAUAGACGAUGAUAAAGCUCCAAAUAAGACCGAGAAAGCGGAUAAAGAAAAGAAAUCUACCAUUAUUCAAAUCAAAGAACCUAUCAGUUCAGACGAGAUUAAAUUAGGAUCGCAAAUCUUAUCCGAAAAAUUGACGGAAUCUCGAGAAAAAAUACAUCGUUUGGAUGUGCAUGAUUCCGAAAAGAUGCGUCGAGAGACCGCGUUAAACAAUCUGGAGUCGUUUGUAAUCGACGCGCAGCAGAAGCUCGAGUCCGAAGAAUAUUCGGUUGCAGCUACUGACAAAGAGGCUGAAGAAAUCCGCAAAGCCUGCGCCGAGAUCUCCGAGUGGUUGUACGAAGAUGGAUUCACCGCGACUGCGGAAAUAUACGAGGAGAAAUUGACGAAAUUGCAAAAGCUCACCAACGACGUCUACGAGAGAGUUUCCGAACACCGAGACCGUCCGGAAGUUCUGAAAGGAAUGGUCUCGUUACUCAACGGCAGUAAAACGUUCUUAGAGAAUAUGCGUAACUUGAGUUCAACGACUGAAAUUAUUACGCAAGUUGAAGUCGAGACGUUAGAAAAAGCGAUUAACGAGACGCAGGAUUAUUACAAGACAAUUUUGAACUAUUUCGCGGAAGCAUCGUUAAACGAACCAGUGAAAUACAAAGUCCGCCAUAUCGUAAAUAAAAUGGAGCUACUUGAUAGAGAAAUUAAAUAUCUUUUGAAUAAAGUAAAGAUUUGGAGGCCGAAACAGGAAACUGCGACGAAUCAAACGACUGAAAGUAAAACAGAGAAAAAUGAAGAGAAAUCUGAGAAUCCUGAAAGUGAAAGUGACAAAUUUACUGAAGAACAAACAACUGCAUCAGAUAAUGAGGAAGAACAACAAGAACCACUAUGGAAACCAAUAGAUACUACACAAGAUCCAUUAGUUUUAUCAGAAAGUGAAGAACCACGAUUAAGUGACAAUGAAGAAGAAAUACAUCAAGAACUAUAAAAAAUAAUUUAUUUAAAAAGGGUGUGUGAUUCUAUUUGUUAUUAAUCGACGAUAUUUGUCGAUUUAGGCAAUUUCUGUAGAUUAUCUUCAUCCAGUGCAUUUAAAAUCAUUUAAGAACAAAAAUUCUUGUGUGCUGUGGUUGGAUAAAUUAUUCUGCGAAAAUGUGAAUACAAGUUGUUCCCUCCCAUUUAAUUAAUAAUAUGUAUUUAUACCUGGAUAUGCAUAGUUUUACUAUUCAUUCAUUAUUAAAGUUAUUGAAAAAUAUUAAUUUUAUCUGAGACUAUUUGCGAUAACUAAUUAUAGACUAAUUAUGUUACAGUGCCAAACAAAAACGCAGAUUCGAAUAUUUAAUUUAUUCGAUAUGAAAUUUGUUGAAACUUAUUACAUAAUUUAUUAGAUAUAAAAAAGAGAAUAGGCCAGUUCGAUGAAAACCUCAAAUCCUCACAAUCCUUAAUAUAAAUUUUUGAACUUGCAUAUGAAAUGUCUUUUGCUGCAAGUAUAUCUUUUUUAUAUUAUCACAUAGAGAAUUACAUAAAUAUAAGAUAUACUACAUAUUUGUAAAAAUGUGAGUAAUGAAAACAAAUUUUUGCAUGUA